AUGGAAGCCUUAUUCGUAGUACAAGCGGAUAACUUACAUCUUCUUCAGAAAACGGCUACAAACUUCAAGAAGUGUCCCAAGGCGAGACUAACCAAGUCAUACUUGCAAGUCAGAGUGGAGAAUUUAGACAAACUUUGGGAAGUUUUUCAAAACACUCACCGAGAGAUAGUGAAGAUAGCGACAACAGAACAACGAAAUAGUCACGAAUAUUUUACGCAAGAGAUAUACGACAAUGGAGAAGAGUUGUAUAUAGACACCAAAGCGGAGAUACUUGCGAAAUUAGAAGGAGAGCAAACGAGUCAUACAUCAGGAACGGAGAAGCAAUCCAUCAGACCACAGAGCCAGGAAGUGAAGCUACCUAAGAUUAAUAUACCACAGUUCAAUGGAAAUUACAAUGAUUGGGGGACUUUCAAGGAUCUCUACACAUCUCUCAUUCAUAAUCAGAGUUCAUUGAGCCCAGUGCAGAAAUUGCACUAUUUGAAGAGUAGUCUUAGUGGCGAAGCUGAACAACUGCUGAAGCACAUUAAAAUUACUGAGAAAAAUUAUGAAGUAGCAUGGAAUACCUUACACAACAGAUACAAUAACAAGAGGAUUAUGGUUAACUCAAUCUUGAAUAGAUUUUUGGGUCAAAAGAAACUGAGCGUUGAAUCUGCCAAAGGUGUCAAAGAAUUGCUGGAUAUUUCUACAGAAUGUCUGAACAGCUUGAAGAACAAUGACAUUAGUAUCGAUAACUGGGAUCCAAUCAUAAUACAUCUAUUGGUACACAAGUUAGAUACAGAGUCACACAAGCACUGGGAAGAGGAUCUGAAGAAAUUAUCUGUGGAAGACUUGCCGACAUUGGAACAAUUCAGCAAAUUUUUGGAGGGAAGAUUUAGAGUUUUGGAGAUGGUUCAAACUGCGCACCCAAAAGAGAAGCCUCAAGUUAGAGCCAAGACGUUCCAUGCAACUGCUACGCCUAGCAGUAACACAGACUCCAACCAACAAUGCGGUUUCUGUAACGAAGAUCAUUUUAUCUACAACUGCAAGGAGUUUGCUAAAUUGGAUCCCGAGCAACGAUCCAAGGAGGUUCAAACUAGGAGUCUUUGCUUCAACUGUCUACGGCCUGGACAUAGCGUGAGAUUUUGCAAGCGUAAUACUUCAUGCCUGCGUUGUAAGAGGAAGCAUCACACACUAUUGCACGUUACUAAACCUAACACUGUAUCACUCGAAGAAAAACCAGAGAAAGAAAACAAAGAGCAAGCUACACCAACAAUCAACAUAGUAUCUCACUGUGCCUCUCAGAGACGGGUUACUCUUUUAGCUACAGCACUAGUGAAUAUUAUGACAAACAGAGGAGCACAAGUAGUUCGAGCACUCAUAGAUCCAUGUUCGGAAGAGUCAUUUAUAUCAGAGGAGACAGUCAAUAAACUACAACUCAAACGAACAAGGGUGGAGGGUCAAGUGACAGGUGUUGCGAAGAUGUCGACUCCAAUCAAGCACGCGGCGGAGAUACAAAUUGUGUCGAGAAUUAAUGAGAGCUACAAGCUGAACUGCACCGCCUACGUGACGAAGGAAGUUACUGACAUAAUGCCUGUUACGAAGAUCGAUAAAGAACAAUGGUCUCAACUACAUGGCUUGGAGUUAGCUGAUCCCACAUACUACAAUCCUGGAGAGAUAGAUUUGUUACUUGGUGUGCAUGUCUAUACAGACAUUUUAAUGAGUGGAGUCAUCAAGGGCAAACCAGGAUCACCGAUAGCGCAACAGACGUUAUUCGGAUGGAUAAUUUCAGGCGGAGCACCCGCCGAAGAGCACGGGAAGAAUGGAAGAAUUGUUAGCAUGCAUUUGAGUGUGAGUCUAGACAACAUGCUGCAAAGAUUUUGGGAAUCGGAGACGCUAGAUAAUGAGAGCAAAGACACUCUGACGCCUCAAGAGAAGAGAGCUGAAGAUAUUUAUGAGAAAACACUAGCGAGAGAUGAGGAUGGAAGAUUCAUUGUUGGACUACCAUUCGUACGAGAUACACCGAUUGUUCCCGAAAAUUCCCGUUCAAUUGCUGUCAAAAGACUUGAAUGUCUAGAGAGGAAGUUAGCACACAACAGCAAAUUGAAAACUAAGAACGAUAACGUGAUUCAAGAGUACCUUACCUUAAAACACAUGGAACCGGUAGACAAGCCUGAGAAAGAUGAGAAAACAGUCUACCUUCCACAUCAUGCUGUGGGUCGCGAGGAUCGGGAGACAGUAGACAUGAAUAGAAAGAGCCAAAUAAAGACACUAGGAAUAAUUUGGAAUAUUGAUGAAGACAAACUCAAGGUUACACAAAAAGAAAUCAAUACUGAGAAACCUGUCACAAAGAGAAAUGUACUCGGACAGAUCGCUUCACUUUUCGAUCCGUUGGGUUGGUUAGCACCAGCAAUCAUGAAAGCAAAGAUGUUCAUGCAGAAGCUAUGGCUGGAAAAGCUAGAUUGGGAUGAGGAACUACCCACAGAUCUAAAAGAAGAAUGGAUCCAGUACCAAGAAGACUUACCUGCGUUAUCAGCGAUACAGAUUAAUCGUUGGACUGGUUCUAGUAAAAAUUCAGCGAUCGAGUUACAUGGAUUUUCUGACGCAAGCCAGACAGGAUAUGCAGCAGUCGUGUACCUUCGAGUUAUACCCAAAGAUGGAUCACAAUGUCAAGUGGCUCUAAUUACAGCAAAAACAAAAGUUGCACCAGUUGUUAAACCAUUGUCUUUGCCACGCCUUGAGCUAUGUGGAGCUUCUCUACUUAGCAAACUCAUGAAACACGUGAUGAGAGUUCUAAAUAUCGAGUUGCAACAAACCUACGCGUGGGUAGACUCCAAAGUGGUUUUAGCCUGGAUAAAAGGAGAUCCAAACAGAUGGACACCCUAUGUCAAAAAUCGAGUGGUUGACAUAAGGAGCAAUUUAGACACACACUGGUUAUAUGUCAAUACCAAGGAUAAUCCAGCAGAUCCAGCUUCCAGAGGUCUGUCACCCAGCAAGCUGAAACAAAAUCAGUUAUGGUUCAAUGGUCCGGAAUUCUUACGAGAACCUGAUUUCACCAUACCCGUCGACUCCAUACCUGAAACAGGGCUAGAGAAACGCUUGUUAGUGAAAUGUAAGACAACAACCAUAGAAACCGACUCUGAAAAGCUUACCUUACUGAAGAAAUACUCGUCACUGCAAAAACUUCUGGACGUAAUUUCAUAUUGUAGAAGAUGGCUGAAGAUCCUGAAAAAAGAAAAGAAUAUUAGUAAACAUAUAACCUGUGAAGAAAAAGAUGAAGCACUUACCUUGUGUUUAAAGAUGUCCCAAGAGAUAGAAUUUCCUGAGGAGAUUGAUCACCUGAAAAGUGGAAAAGCUAUUAAGAAAAGCAGUUGUCUACUGCAAUUCACACCUUAUCUGGAUGAUAAAGGUAUUAUCAGAUUAGGAGGAAGACUGAACCAUGCAGAGUUGAGUAUGGAUCAAAAGCAUCCUGUUAUAAUAACUAAGAACAACGUAUUGUUACCUGUUUUGUUGGAUGAUGCUCACAAAAACACUCUUCAUGGAGGGCCGCAUCUCAUGACACCAUAUUUGAGAAGCAAAUACUGGAUAAUUAAAGGAGGUUCUUCAAUAAGGCAGUUUUACAAGAAGUGUAUAACGUGUGCAAGAUACAAUGCGAAGACGAAUACUCAGUUGAUGGGCAACUUACCGGAAGUUCGAGUAAAACCUUCACGCCCUUUCCUUAUCAGCGGUGUUGACUUUGCCGGUCCCAUCACAUGCAGAAUGAGUAAAGGUCGAGGAGCUAAGACAUACAAGGCAUAUAUUGCUUUAUUCGUGUGUAUGUCUACCAAAGCCAUACAUUUGGAACUAGUCAGCGAUAUGACCACAGAAGCGUUUAUCGCUGCCUUCAAAAGAUUUGUGUCUAGACGUGGUCAUUGCAAAGAACUCUGGAGUGAUCAUGGUACAACAUUCGUUGCAGCUGAAAAAGAAUUAUUGAAGAUGUGGCAACAAGGUCGCAACGAAAUCCCAGAAGACUUGCUGAAAAGUUUAGACGACAGAGGAACUCGCUGGAGAUAUAUUCCCCCUGGAGCACCAAACUUUGGAGGACUAUGGGAGGCCGGUGUAAAAUCGACGAAGUAUCAUCUGAAAAGAAUAAUGCAAGACGCAACCCUGACGUUUGAAGAAUUUUAUACGGUCCUUUCGCAAGUUGAAGCGUGCCUAAACUCACGUCCAUUGGCUCCAUUAGGCGAUGAUUUAGAUUAUUUGACACCAGGACAUUUUCUGGCGGCGAAUAUAGGUAUAAUUUUGUACCUAAACCUGACUAUUGUGAAGGAGUGA